AUGCGUAUACUGAGUUAUGGAAUGGCUGCUGAUAUGACAGAUGAGUACGUACGCAUUGGUGAAAGUACAGCGCUCGAUAGCGUGCGUCACUUUGUUCGUGCAGUUGUUGAAGUGUUUGGAGAUGAAUACCUCCGACAUCUCAAUGAGGCGGACACAGCACGCUUGCUUGCAAUGGGUGUGAAAAAAGGAUUUCCAGGAAUGCUAGGGUCCAUUGAUUGUAUGCAUUGGGCGUGGAAGAAUUGUCCAUAUGACAAACAUGGUCAGUACAAGGGUCAUGUGGAUAAGCCCACUAUUAUUUUGGAAGCUGUAGCUUCGGAUGACCUUUGGAUAUGGCAUGCUUUCUUUGGAAUGCCCGGCUCUCAUAAUGACAUUAAUGUUCUUCAUAGAUCUCCUUUGUUUGACAAUCUCGCGGAAGGUAGAGCUCCAGAAGUGAAUUUUUCUGUAAAUGGCCACGACUACAACAUGGGUUAUUAUCUUUCAGAUGGCAUCUACCCCCCUUGGGCUACUUUAAUCCAGUCUAUCAGUCGGCCUGUGGGCAACAAGAGGCAAUACUUUGCCAAAGCGCAAGAAGCAGCACGAAAGAUGGUGGAGAGGGCUUUCGGCGUUCUACAAUCUAGGUUCGCCAUUGUUCGUGGUGGGGCACGUUUUUGGGACAUUGAUACAUUAGCAGUAAUCAUGAGGGCUUGUGUUAUCAUGCAUAAUAUGAUCGUCGAAGAUGAAGGAUUCGUGGUAGACCAUAACGAGGAAUUUGAAAAUCAGGGUGACAAUGUGGAGAUAGGUCGUGGCCGGCGAACUCGCACGCUUGAUGAAUAUAUUCAAGCACAUCAGCAGAUCAGAAACAAAGACACACAUAUGCGGUUGAAAGAAGAUCUCAUCGAACACCUUUGGAACCAUCACCCAGAUUUAUAUUCGUACAAUAUUUGA